AACACAUAAAUUGCGUGCCCCUCGUCGGUCACCGCUGCCGUUCACGAGCCGCAGGAGAUACAGCGCGGAUCUACGAUGCAGCCCCGGUCCCUGCCCCUGCUGGCGGCGAGGGCACGGAUUCCAAUGCGGACGCGGAAAAUUCAAACGAGUUCCUUCCAUCCUCUCCCACCGGAAGCCCAUUCGCCGUGGCCGGGGAGGCGGCAGCGGAACUUUUCGUGGAGAGCGGUCGCAGCGGAAGAUUCCUUCCGGCCCACCGAUCGCCGCCGGGGAUUUUCGGCGCCGGCCACAAUCCUGCGCGAGACCAACCUGGGCAACACCAGAAGCCAGCAUGGAGGUCACCGAGCGCUCGGUCUCCAGGGACUGGGAUCGCCGAUCAACCCGGCGGUGGGCUGGAACCAUCGCUCUGGCUACGAACGAUGCCUAUACCGGUGGGCCUCCUCGUCGGCGGCCUUGAGCGAUUCCGGCUCGAGCGAAUCGGAAACAGGCGCCGGCGGUGCCUCCACGCCGCUCGAAUCGACGCUAGAGAUCGACCAAGAAGAAGCCGACAGAAACGCCACGAUUUCACCGAGAAAGAAGAAGAGGAGCAGGCGACAAAAACGAAGAGAGAGCAUCGCCGGGGAAAAAUUGCUGGACGUCAAGUUCCUGCAUUUCCGGGACGGGGGCACCGACGCCGGUACGGAAACCACGGAGUUGCUCCGGAAGGACUUCGAGAAGCUGGCCUUUGACCACGACCUCUCCAAGUUCAAGUGGAUUUCCAUGCUCGAAAAGGCGCUGGUCCUCAAGCUCCGGAAAGAACAGGAACAACAGCAGCAAGAACCGAAGCCCGGAGGGGCCGGAAACCGCAGCCGGCGAAAGAAAGCAUCCAACACCAAGCCCCCCGAUCGGCUCCGAGACUACUGGAAGGUUGCACUCCGGGCGGCCUCCAACAAGAAAAAAGUUCCCGAACAGCUGAGGGAACACUUUCUAACCCGCAUGGUGGUUCCGGCCGGGGGCUCGGAGGGAGAAAGGGUCGAUCCAUCCCCAGAACUGAAGCCGUCUACCGGUUCCGACGAUCCAGCCGAUGCCAAACUCCUGGCCAGGGGGCGGGAACUGGCAGUCGAGCACCMACUGCUCUGGAGGCGCUAUUCGGCCAAAGAGCGGAAGCAUAAGGUCCGGAUUGCCAGGGAGAUCAUGGCGGAGUUGGUGGAAGGCGCAGCAGCAGGCGAAGCGACAGCAGCAACCCACGCCUCGCACGGCUUCCCGCCCCUCAAUGCCUUUGCAACAAAGGAAAUGGAAGCCAUGGCCGCCGCCGCUGCAAAAAAGGCGAACCACUCGCUCGACAUCUACCUGCAGUGGAUCCGGAUCCCGGAGCUGAGGAGGGUCCAUGCGAUCGAGAAGACGUCCGUGCAGAGGGAGGACGAGGCUCUGCAGAUGCAACAGCUCCUCGCCGCCAGGCUCCCGGAAACCUCAUAUCGCAAGGUGAUGGCCCUGGUGCGGACUUAUGUGGAGUGCUUUGGCGGAGAAGGAGACUCAGAGAGCGGUGUGGAAGCCGAGCAAGAGGGAAUCGACGGCAAGAACAACGGCGAGACCCUGGUCACCCUGCAAGCAUCGCCGUUGACGACGUACACAAGCGAAACACCGCACGAUGGGAACGGCCAGCCCACAGCAAAAUCAAACAAGGAAACGCCAACCCUUGCGAAAAACCAGAAACAAUUUCGGGUCCUGCUCUCGAACCUGCGAAAAAUCCUCCCGCAGGGACGGAUCCACUGGAUCGGGAAGGACGUGGCGGAUUUCUUUUACAUCACGACACCGGAUGCGGUCGAUCUGCGGGUGGCGGGCCGCAACAAGAAAAUCGACGACUCCAUCACGCCGAACCACCAGACCUUUUCCGGUGAAAGCAUCGCUAGCGAGAACGGAGGCCGAGGCGGCGGGGACCACAGGGGGGUCCUCGUGGCCAGAGAUCCGGUUCUUGGCCACAGCCAAACCAGCUGGAACGAGGUGAGAGACCAAUACGUUCAAUCCUUUGUGAACGUCCAGAAGCUCUUUCUGGAGCUCGAGAGGGAGCGAGAGGAACACCGGCAGCGGAGGGCAGAAAGACUACAAGGGGACGAAACCGGCGACCUUUUGCGGGAGAUCGACGAGAUCCUCGACGGGGCCGACGAGAAAGAGGACACCUCCUCGGAGAAGAGCGUUGUUCGGACCUUUGACGUGGUCACCGCUCUAUCGCGGCUGGACAAAAAAAAGACCACCACCGAGCGGGUCCGGCCCAGGGAAUACGUUCCCCUCGAAGCCGUUCCGAUGGGAGAGCACUGGAAGACGGGAGGGACCGGCAAUCAACACGCUGCUACUGACAUGGACGAGUUGUUGGUGGGAAACCUCUUGGAGAGUAAGGCAAAACUAUAUGGCGAGACAAAAGGCGAGAAAGACAACGAGCUAGCUUCUGAAACCGUGGAUUUGCGGCAACCGCAGCUACUGCACGCAUCUAGCAGCAGCGAGGACUCCUUUCCGCUAGCUGCACCGGUGGAUCGAAUGGUGGUGGUAGACAACCUUCCCAUCGAUAUGAACGAGGGACGCCUCCGCGAGGCCUACGGCAGGUGCGGGACCAUCGAGGCCGUCAGGAUCUUCCACUCCCGCCCCGAACUGGAUCCGGGCCGCCGGUCCACCGACUCGACCAAGAAAAUCCGGAGCCCAUCCAGCAGCUCACGGCGCCAGAAAUGGUCCCGGCCGCGGACCCCGCUCUACGCCAUGAUCGUCUACGAGGACGCAGCGAGCGCCGGGAAAGCCGCCUGCGACCCGCUGCGGAUCUUUGGCAUGGUCCUGGACCACCACCUGAUGCGGUCCCACAGGGCCUCGGACAUGAACGUCCUGUACCUAGAGGACGUGCCGACGUCGCUUCACACCGUGUCCUCGAUGGAAAUCGAGCUGAGCGAGUUGCUACGGCCCGCGGACCUAUACCUGUGCCUGGACGACAGCGGGCACAACCGCCUGCGAAAGCUAGGUACCGGGAAAAAGAAAAAGACCUACCCGCUUAGCUACGCCAUCAAAUUCCCCAGCUUCGAGGCCGCCUACUGGUCCUACCUGAAACUGUCGAUGGAGCUGGAGCUUCUGAGAAACGACGAAGACGGGUCAACCCCGUCGGCUUUUGCUACCAGCCCCUCCUUGCACUGGAUGGAAACGCCCAACGACGCCAUGCUCUACUGGACGAGGAAGCUGAAUUUCUAGAGCGGGCAUCGAAAGAGACCAGCGCAAAUACCGUACCGCAUCUGAAUAUUUGUAACGUGUCUUUGAAGUCAGGAGAACUUCCAAGAGCACUUCAUGAUUAUUCUUUUUGUCUUGAUAUAAUUGGGAUUUGUCAUGAUAAAUCCUUCUUGUCGUGAUAAAAGUUUUAUUGUUGAGUCACAAGUAAAACUUCCAGAAAAAGGUGUUCGUAUGUAGGGUAUUAGGAAUGCGUUGGCACCUUCAGGUCAGGCUAUUUGCAACAAUAAUCUGGGGCAAGCCUUUUUGUAACCUUAAGUAAACGAUGCUUUAUACCGUUAAAUGAAUUGCACAAUGGACA